AUGACGCGCACAUUUCGCCUCGCGGUGCUUGAAUGCGACACGCCAGUUCCGCCGGUCCUGGAGGCUCGCGGCACGUACGGAGAGGUUUUCCGUCAGCUCCUGGCUAAGGGUCAACAAGGCUUGGGUCCCAAGGGUAGCGACGUCCAGAUAGACAUCUCUAAGUGGGACGUCGUUGCAAAUCAAUCAUUCCCAAAUGUCGACGAGAUCGAUGGACUUUGGUUGAGUGGAAGCAAGCACACCUCCUUCGCUGACGAUGCUUGGAUUGUUGCACUGGUUGAAUAUGUCAAAAAGGUGCUCACAACAGCAAAGAUCCCAGUUGUAGGCAUUUGCUUCGGCCACCAAAUCAUUGGUCGCGCACUUGGGGCCAAGGUCGGGGUAAGCCCAGGCGGCUGGGAGAUAUCUGUUGAUAAGAUCGACCUCAGCGAGGAAGGCCAGAAACUGCUUGGAGUGCCAUCAUUGGGUCUUCACCAGAUGCAUCGCGAUGCGGUCCUAGAGGUCCCCGAGGGACUGGUGAACUUGGGCAGUAGCCCCAAGUGUGGAAUCCAAGGACUUUACCAGGCCGGUCGUCUCAUCUCUUUUCAGGCUCAUCCUGAGUUUGAUGGAUUUAUUAUGCCCCGUAUUCUGGAAACCAGACAUAAUCAGAAGAUUUUUGAUGACGCCAUGUUUGAAGAUGGCAUGGCCAGAGCCCAGGAGCACCAAGAUGCUAUACCCUACAAGAUGUCUAACGCCAUUCGAACUAUCUCCCCGUCUUCUGGGGAGGUCAUCUUCGAAUGCCCAGGCACUUCCGUUGAUGAAGCGCGUGCCAGCGUUGACAAAGCUCAUACUGCCUUCCUAAGCUACCGUAAAACCUCACUAGAUGAGCGCAAGGCAAUUGCUGUUAAAGCUCUGGAUACUCUGGCUGGUAUCAAGGACCAGUUGGCGCAGGAGCUUAGCGUUCAGAUGGGCAGGCCCAUUAAAUUUGCUGGUGCGGAAAUUGACACCAUGCGGAAACGCGCAGACUACCUUCUAGAUAUUGCUUCCGAAGCUCUAGCUCAUUUACCUGGGCAGGAUGAGCCUGGGUUCAGGAGGUGGAUCAGCAAGGAGUCCGUCGGUCCUGUUCUGAUUGUCGGAGCAUGGAAUUUCCCUUAUCUGAUUACUAUCAACACACUCAUCCCUGCCUUGCUCGCAGGCAAUUCAGUCAUUCUCAAGCCUUCGCCCCAAACGCCACAGGUUGCAGACCGCCUCAAGGAAGCGUUCGACAAGGCUGGUCUCCCGGCGGAUGUCUUUCAGGUUCUCCAUACAGGCAGCUUAGAGACGGUGAAGGAGAUCGCCAAACUUCCGGCCAUCAAGCAAAUAUGCUUCACGGGUUCCACUGCAGGUGGAUUGGCCAUCAGAGAGGCCACCGCAGGCAGGAUUGUGCCCGUUAACCUGGAACUAGGUGGCAAGGAUCCGGCCUACGUCCGUGCUGACGCUGAUCUGAAGUGGACGGCGGCCAAUAUUGUCGACGGUGCCAUCUUCAACUCUGGUCAAAGCUGCUGUGCAGUGGAGAGGGUCUAUGUUCAUCAAGAUGUUCACGAUGACUUCGUCCGGGAGCUUCAGAGCGAGCUUGAAGGCUACAAGCUCGGUGACUCGUUGGAUCAAUCCACAACCAUUGGUCCAGUUAUCUCCAAGGCGGCUGUCAAGUCUAUCCAGGCGCAGGUAGACGACGCGCUUCGAAAGGGUGCAGUGGAUGCCACUCCGGCCAACGCCUCAUUCUCUACUUUGCCCCAGGCAGGCAGCUAUAUUGCGCCGUGUCUUCUCACCAAUGUCACCCAUGACAUGAGUGUCAUGACUGCCGAGACAUUUGGCCCUCUUAUUCCAGUUAUGAAGGUUGAAAGUGACGAGCAGGCCGUCAAACUCAUGAAUGACAGUGAAUACGGUCUUACUGCCAGCAUCUGGACUAAGGAUAUUGCACGUGGCGAGGAGCUCGAGGCUGAUAUCGAAGCGGGAACAGUCUUCAUUAACCGUUGUGACUGCCCCAACCCGGAUCUCGCGUGGAUUGGCUGGAAGAACUCUGGGCUGGGAAGCACCCUUGGCCCUCGGGCAUUUGAUGCGUUUGUGACCAUGAAGAGCCACCACAUCAGGCAGACUCACGGUUAA